AUUUUGCCGGCGAGAUGCUCUCCUAGAACCGGCGCCGGCGCCUCCGCCCCCCGCCCCCCACCCGCUCGGGCAGGAUGGUACAGUCUGCAGAGGGGCCCGGGCACGCUGGCUGGGCUCAGCCGCGGCACCAGCUGCCGCACCGCGAUUACGGGGCUGCCCGCCGGGAAACCGUGCAGGAUUGGUGGUGAUUUUCAUAGCCAAGAGCCACCACCCCUGAACAUGUAGAUGCCAGUUCCAGGGAGCAGCAUGGGCCCCACUGAAUGGAGACUCCUGGGUCUACAGCCCUAAGCCCCUCCGGCCCCUGGACCUCGUCCCACACAGGGGGACACCCCUUGGAGCUCACCACCACUGUUACCAGCCCGCCUCGGCCACCCCCACCCCCCGGGACCCGGAGUCAGCCGCCUGGUGCCACAGCUGACCAGUGAGGGUGUGCUGAGGACAGCCACAAGCAUCCAUCACCCGGCAGCCUCUUGUCCAGCGCUGACCCUUGGGCCCAGCCCGAGCAGGGACCGCAGCAAACAUGGGUGACAUGACCAACAGCGACUUUUACUCCAAAAACCAAAGAAAUGAGUCAAGCCAUGGGGGCGAGUUCGGGUGCACAAUGGAGGAGCUCCGCUCCCUCAUGGAGCUGCGGGGCACUGAGGCUGUGGUCAAGAUCAAGGAGACUUAUGGGGACACCGAAGCCAUCUGCCGGCGCCUCAAAACCUCACCUGUUGAAGGUUUGCCGGGCACCGCUCCAGACCUGGAAAAGAGAAAGCAAAUUUUUGGGCAAAACUUUAUACCUCCAAAGAAGCCAAAAACCUUCCUGCAGCUCGUGUGGGAGGCGCUGCAGGACGUGACGCUCAUCAUCCUGGAGAUCGCCGCCAUCAUCUCCCUGGGGCUGUCCUUUUACCACCCGCCCGGCGAGGGCAACGAAGGAUGCGCGACAGCCCAGGGUGGGGCGGAGGAUGAAGGAGAGGCAGAGGCAGGUUGGAUCGAGGGGGCCGCCAUUCUCCUCUCAGUCAUCUGUGUGGUCCUGGUCACGGCCUUCAAUGACUGGAGCAAAGAGAAACAGUUCCGGGGCCUGCAGAGCCGCAUCGAGCAGGAACAGAAAUUUACCGUGGUCCGAGCUGGCCAGGUGGUCCAGAUCCCUGUGGCUGAGAUCGUGGUUGGGGACAUAGCCCAGGUCAAAUAUGGUGACCUCCUCCCUGCCGACGGCCUCUUCAUCCAGGGCAAUGACCUCAAGAUUGAUGAAAGCUCCCUAACUGGAGAGUCUGACCAGGUGCGCAAGUCCGUGGACAAGGACCCCAUGCUGCUGUCAGGGACCCAUGUGAUGGAGGGCUCAGGACGGAUGUUGGUGACUGCUGUGGGUGUGAACUCUCAGACUGGCAUCAUCUUUACCCUCCUGGGGGCUGGUGGUGAAGAGGAAGAGAAGAAAGACAAAAAAGGUGUGAAGAAGGGGGAUGGCCUUCAGCUACCAGCAGCAGACGGUGCGGCAGCUUCAAAUGCUGCAGAUAGUGCGAAUGCCAGCCUAGUCAAUGGUAAAAUGCAGGAUGGCAAUGUGGACGCCAGCCAGAGCAAAGCCAAACAGCAGGACGGGGCAGCCGCCAUGGAGAUGCAGCCCCUCAAGAGUGCCGAGGGUGGCGACGCUGACGACAGGAAGAAGGCCAGCAUGCACAAGAAGGAGAAGUCCGUGCUGCAGGGCAAGCUCACCAAGCUGGCUGUGCAGAUCGGGAAGGCGGGCUUGGUGAUGUCAGCCAUCACGGUGAUCAUCCUGGUGCUCUACUUCACUGUGGACACCUUCGUGGUCAACAAGAAGCCGUGGCUGCCUGAGUGCACGCCUGUCUACGUGCAGUACUUUGUCAAGUUCUUCAUCAUUGGCGUGACGGUGCUGGUGGUCGCUGUGCCCGAGGGGCUGCCUCUGGCCGUCACCAUCUCGUUGGCCUAUUCGGUGAAGAAAAUGAUGAAGGACAACAACCUGGUACGCCACCUGGACGCCUGUGAGACCAUGGGCAAUGCCACAGCCAUCUGCUCAGACAAGACGGGCACGCUGACCACCAAUCGCAUGACAGUGGUACAGGCCUAUGUCGGCGACGUCCACUAUAAAGAGAUCCCCGACCCCAGCUCCAUCAACACCAAGACCAUGGAGCUGCUGGUCAAUGCCAUCGCCAUCAACAGCGCCUACACCACCAAGAUUCUGCCCCCAGAGAAGGAGGGCGCCCUGCCUCGGCAGGUGGGCAACAAGACGGAGUGCGGCCUGCUGGGCUUCAUGCUGGACCUGAAGCAGGACUACGAGCCUGUGCGCAGCCAGAUGCCAGAGGAGAAGCUGUACAAAGUGUACACCUUCAACUCCGUGCGCAAGUCCAUGAGCACUGUCAUCAAGCUGCCCGACGAGAGCUUCCGCAUGUACAGCAAGGGGGCUUCUGAGAUCGUGCUCAAGAAGUGCUGCAAAAUCCUCAAUGGGGCGGGAGAGCCCCGUGUCUUCCGGCCCCGCGACCGGGACGAGAUGGUAAAGAAGGUGAUUGAGCCCAUGGCUUGCGAUGGGCUCCGCACUAUCUGCGUGGCCUACCGCGACUUCCCCAGCAGCCCCGAGCCGGACUGGGACAAUGAGAAUGACAUCCUCAACGAACUCACCUGCAUCUGCGUGGUGGGCAUUGAGGACCCGGUGCGGCCAGAGGUCCCAGAAGCCAUCCGCAAGUGCCAGCGGGCAGGCAUCACGGUCCGCAUGGUCACUGGCGACAAUAUCAACACGGCUCGGGCCAUCGCUAUCAAGUGUGGCAUCAUCCAUCCUGGGGAGGACUUUCUGUGCCUCGAGGGCAAGGAGUUCAACAGGAGGAUCCGCAACGAGAAGGGGGAGAUUGAGCAGGAGCGAAUUGACAAGAUCUGGCCAAAGCUGCGGGUGCUGGCUCGCUCCUCCCCCACGGACAAGCAUACCCUGGUUAAAGGCAUCAUCGACAGCACACACACUGAACAGCGGCAGGUGGUGGCCGUGACGGGGGACGGGACCAACGAUGGGCCUGCACUCAAGAAGGCCGACGUGGGCUUUGCCAUGGGCAUCGCAGGCACUGACGUGGCCAAGGAGGCCUCAGACAUCAUCCUGACAGACGACAAUUUCAGCAGCAUCGUCAAGGCAGUGAUGUGGGGCCGCAACGUCUAUGACAGCAUCUCCAAGUUCUUGCAGUUCCAGCUCACAGUCAACGUGGUGGCCGUGAUUGUGGCCUUCACAGGUGCCUGCAUCACGCAGGACUCCCCCCUGAAGGCUGUGCAGAUGCUCUGGGUGAACCUCAUCAUGGACACAUUUGCCUCGCUGGCACUGGCCACCGAGCCGCCCACGGAGACCCUGCUGCUGAGGAAGCCGUACGGCCGCAACAAGCCGCUCAUCUCCAGGACCAUGAUGAAGAACAUCCUGGGCCAUGCCGUCUACCAGCUUGCCCUCAUCUUCACCCUGCUCUUUGUUGGCGAGAAGAUGUUCCAGAUCGACAGCGGGAGGAACGCGCCCCUGCAUUCGCCACCCUCAGAGCACUACACCAUCAUCUUCAACACCUUCGUCAUGAUGCAGCUCUUCAACGAGAUCAACGCCCGCAAGAUCCACGGCGAGCGCAAUGUCUUUGACGGCAUCUUCCGGAACCCCAUCUUCUGCACCAUCGUGCUGGGCACCUUUGCCAUCCAGAUAGUGAUCGUGCAGUUUGGAGGGAAGCCAUUCAGCUGCUCUCCACUGCAGCUGGACCAGUGGAUGUGGUGCAUAUUCAUUGGGUUAGGAGAGCUCGUUUGGGGCCAGGUCAUUGCCACCAUCCCCACCAGCAGACUCAAGUUCCUCAAGGAGGCAGGCAGGCUCACGCAGAAGGAGGAGAUCCCGGAGGAGGAGCUCAACGAGGACGUGGAGGAGAUCGACCAUGCGGAGCGGGAGCUGCGACGGGGCCAGAUCCUAUGGUUCCGAGGCCUGAAUCGGAUCCAGACGCAGAUCCGCGUCGUGAAGGCGUUCCGUAGCUCUCUCUAUGAAGGUUUAGAAAAGCCUGAAUCUCGAACCUCCAUCCAUAACUUCAUGGCUCAUCCUGAAUUCCGGAUCGAAGAUUCCCAGCCCCACAUCCCCCUCAUUGAUGACACCGACCUGGAAGAAGAUGCCGCGCUCAAGCAGAACUCGAGCCCCCCGUCAUCGCUCAACAAGAACAACAGCGCCAUCGACAGUGGGAUCAACCUGACGACCGACACAAGCAAAUCAGCUACCUCUUCAAGUCCAGGGAGCCCCAUCCACAGCCUGGAGACGUCGCUUUAGCUGAAGACCCUGUCGCCUGCCCGCCCGCCCUCAUGGACCCCGCUGCCACCCGCCUUCCAGGCACCCAUCCAUCCAGGCACCCAACUCACCCAAGCAGCAAAGAGCAACAAUCGGAAACCAAAUACUGGAGAGAAAACCAACGUUUCCACCAACAGACCCUUUCUCUGGCUGCGAUGCUGUUUGAACUCUUUUUCACUUCGAGGCAAGGGGCGGGAUCUCUACUGGGGGCUUACGGGAGUGAGCGGUUUUCCCAAAACAAGUCCUUCCUGGCUCCCACCCAGACAUGGACCAGCCAUGCACCCGCCCAGCCACCACGUCCCCCGCAUGAAUGUACUGUACACUUUCAAUCCUCCCCUUGUUUGGUUUUUGGGGGUUGGGGAGGGGGUUUUUUUUUGUUUGUUUUCUUAGGCGGGAACUGCAAACAGACUCUUUUCUGAGACUAUUUAUCCAAUCCACUGGUCUGUGAGUUUUUGAAAUGCUUGCGCAGCAUGGUCUCAGUUGUAUAGAUUAAUUUAAUAACUUUUUGAAAUUGCAGAGCUUAACUCGCCUAGUAGAUUUGCACCAAUGGAACCGAAGAACUUCAUAGACACUCACAAGGUUAUAUCCAUUUCUUUGUAUCUAUAUCAACGUAUACUUCCCCAAGACUGUAUACGUCCAUAUAGAUAGGUAGAUAUAUAUAUAUAUAAAUAUAUAUACAUGGAUAUAUAAAGUUUCUUUGCCGGCAUGUUGCCUUGUUUCCGCUUAAAUUGCUCUAUUUUAACUUAUUUAUGUCCUAAAAGAAGAAUGUAAUUUGUUUACAAACCUGUAGAUAACGUCUUUGGCUAUUUGUACGGUUUAAGAACACUGGUGGCUGAGAUGCUAUAAAAACAGCUCGGCCCAACAGACACUUCCCCUGGGUUGCAUCCUUGAUGUUUUAUGAUAGCCAUGCUCUGAUUUUUGCCUGCUAUUUCCGUUCAAUAACGUCACUACCGUGAGAGGCUCAGGCAGAAGCCAAAUGCUACCGAGUUGCCAUCCUGAGGGGUUUAACAACAUGCUCCGUAGACGAAGGGAGAGGAGGAGAGAAGGCUUCCUGGGUUUGCAACACUAACGGCCAUCCGGCCCAAGGAUGCCAGGAUCUGCAAAGCACUGCUCGAAGACUUUUCUCUCAAUGAAACUCGCUUGAGUUUACUAAGAGCAUUUCAAAAAUAGGUUCUCUUUGGCACUGUCUGUACAGAGAUUGAGGUAGUGUUGAAAUAUUAUAAAUGGUAUUGUGUUGAUUUUUUUUUUAUUUAGUAACUUACAGGUUUGUUUCCUUAUUAAUGGCAGCAUCCGAGCUGUUGGCAUAUUGGAUGAGGAUCAGUAUGGCUUGCUGCUUUUAUUUUUAUUUUUGAAGAAGACUAGCCUUUUUCUCUGCACUAUUUAGAUCCGAAUGAACCUUAUGAUGUGUAUAUUGAGAUGUACUCAGUGUGAUUUUAAACCAAAUUGUCUUCCUGUAGUCACAAUAUAUACUGUAGCCUUUUAACAGCAAGUCUUGCUUUCCCAAACAGAAAGCCAUUCUGAAACCCUACAGUAUCACAGGUGAGAAAAGGUGGUUAUUUUUUCCCCAAGACAACAGCACUAGUAAUCCCACUUAAUAAGAGCUUAUUUAAUUGUAUGUCAGCCUCUUAACUGCUAAGCACUUUGUGGGUCUCAGCGUUUUUCAUAAAAGAACUUUUGUAUUUAAUACAAAGUUUGCUUUGAGACUUUUCAGCAUAUGAUCUUUUUCCAUAAACUUGUACAGUGCAAAAGACAUUUUGAAUACCAUGAUCGAUGAUGUCCCAUGCUUCGAGGAAAACCAAACACUUUCCGCCUCUCUUGCAAAAUCCAUUCCUCAUGCUGACCCUCCUCAGGAUGGCUGUGUCAGCCCGGCCCCUUCCCUUCUCCAGGCCCAGAGAACUCUUCCACAAACAAGAUGAGAGCCACUCGGGAAAAGAGCCAUAGUCAGCUGGGAGGGCCUACAUCUGGAUGGCUGUGGAAAAACUUGAGGGUUUGGGGUUCAAAGUCAGCCCAUCCCACCUGGAAAAAUCCUCCUGGAAGGAGGACCUUCAAGAGCGCAUCACCUGAAUGUCGUGAAGAAGUAUCUCUGAAUGUAUCCAGCAAAGGAAACUGCAUACCCAAAGGGGUGACCAGCCCUCAGAUGUGCUUAUUGGAUUCCAGUACAAACGCCACCAAAGCCAGCCCACUGCUCUCCUACAAGGAAGGAAAGAUCUGCACAUGUAUAACAUGGGGCAGCCUUGGAACAUGGUGUUUUUUGGAGUUUCCUUUCUCACAGUUUUCCAUCUCCCCACUUCUUUGAUCAGUCAUGUGUCCGUGACCUCGUUCCAUGACAUCAGGAUAGCUGUGUUUGCACGCCAAGCUCCAUGUUCAUUUGGAGCCAGGAGGGGUUCUCAGUGGAGCCUGGCUUAGGGAACAGGGAGCGAUGGAAGAAUGCCAACAUUAGCGUUGGUCUUCUCUUGUCAGGAAUGAAGGAUGCUUGCACACAUGCACCCCCUCACUCUCACACUUGCACACAUACACACACACGAAAUGGUUUGUCAAAACUCACUGUAGUACAUAAAGCUUGCACUCUGCGUCCUAUAUCUAGCAGCAUGGGGUAUGUUUGGCAGUUCACUCCAUUAGGGGGUAAAUAAUUUAUGACCAUUCAUCUGUUUUUAUGAAUUUUUUUAUCUAGACAAUAAUUGUAAAUAAAGAACUCACCAUCUCUGUUCAUUUAAUACUAUGCAAUGGUUAUGCUUUCAAUCGCUGGCUCUUCUGACUCGUGCAGUGUGGUUUUGAAAUGUCUGUAGUUUAAAAAAAAAAAGGCAAAAAACAACAUCAAACAGAACAUAGUAAAUAUAUCUGUAAUGUAUACUUUUUUCUAGUUUGGGACUGCAUCAUCCACAUAGCUUCUUUUCUGCCCUCUAGACAAGGGCUCCAGGAGUAGGUGGCAGAUUUGGUUCUGAGAGCUAAGCUCACCAACUUGUCUCCCCCUCAACAGAUGACGGAAGGGCAGGGAGCCCGUUCAGUGACGCCUGGCGCUGCAGAAUCACUCAUCUUUGGAGGUGAGCAGGGAGAGCUCUGAGGAGUUUCCUUCUCGCAACUCAGGCAGAGCUUUCUUUAACUCAGGAGCAGCCUCCAUUGCUCCUUGCUCCUGCCAACCCCUCACCAUGGCCCCUUGUCCCCUUGUCCCCUUGUCCCAACCAUAGCAUAGAGAUGAUAAGAGGGAGGCAGUCCUAUUUCUGAGACUGGACCAAUUAAAAUAACUGCACUGGCUCAAGGACUCUGAACCUGUCUUGUCCUGGGUCCUCCAGUUAUUGGAAGCCACUCUUUUCCCCAACCAUGUUGAAAUGCCACCUUUACCACACACUGAUGUCUUAUAUAGACUUGGAUCUAUUUCUGGAACUUCUCUUCCCUUACUUGGGUGUCUCAUCUGGCACCAGCCAUACAACUUUAACUACUGUCAAUUUCUAAUGUCUUAUUAUGUGGUGGGAUGAGUCCCUUCACUCUUCUUUUACAAAAUUUCCUAGUUAUUCUCUCACAUCUAUUCUUCCACAUAAACUUUAAAUUGUGCCCAGUCCUCCACCCCCUAUUCCAUUCCCACCCCCAAAUUCUGGGCCCUGUCAUUCCCUGUGCCAUCAUCUUCUCCCCAUUGUAAUUACUGUCCACUCAGGGCUGUGAAAUAGACUAUGUUCUAUAAAGAGGGACAAAAAGGGCAACCUGAUCUUGAGGGAAGCCUGCUGUUCCUCCCAUCAUUUCACCUGCCCCAUAAGCCCAGGAGUUGUCAUGAGAGGCCACCAGGUCCCCACUCAAUCUCAGCUUGGGAACCAAAGUCACCCACCUUGGUUGUGUUGGGGUGGACCCGCCAUCUGUCCCUGGUCCAGAUGAGAAAGAGGAGUCUCUUCUAGGCCUGGAGCUGGGAAAGAAUGUGUGGCCCAGUUGUCUGCACUUCUAAUUCUCAUCAUGGAGAAAUCUUUAUUCCUAUCUCCCGUUCCUUAACUGGUUUUUUGUUGUUUUUGUUUGAUUUUGUUUUGGGGGGAUAGUUUCUUGCUCUUUAAUUUGGAGUCUCCGGUACCUUUGGGAUGUAGGCAGUUCUUGCCUGGGCCUUCUCGGAACCCUCACUCCCCUAGCCCACUCUUGCGCUACCUACAGGAGGCUGCCAACCUGGUGCACUCUGACAAGCCUCCCACCCAAAUCUCUCUCCUGCCAUUGUGUCCAAAAUCCCACCAUUAGAGGCUCUUGUAGGGAAGAGCGUUUCUUGAAGGCUUUUAGGCCUUCCAGAGCCAGGAGGGAAGUCAGACAAUAGCAGGAAGUCCCCAAGCCUUUUCAAAGUUCCAAACCAAGCUCUCCUGAUUUUACUGUAGAGCUCAUACCAACCCCGGUGGGGGAGGAGGGUCCCCAGCCCCAGGCAGCAGCCAUUACCCCCUCCACUGAAAACGAUAUUGGAGGCUGCUUUGGGACUGCCCUUCUCAGCCCCCUAAGUCUGUUUUGUAAUGCCUGUGGUGCUCUCCCUCCCGGACCUUUCCUCUCGGGGGUCACCACACUUUGCUAACUCUUGAGUGCACAUAUUUUAUAAUAGAGUAGCGAGGGAAUGGUGCCGCCUCCAGCUUCCAUAAGCUGCCCGGGCUCUGGGGGGCUCUGGGACAAUCGGGGCUGGGAAGUGACUGUGCUCUUAUUGUACACUCUUUAUUUCUCUGUAUCUUUGGCUUGUGCUCUUUGUAAUUAAUGGGAUUUGUCUGCCUUUUCAACACUAUACUGAGCAAUAACAAUAAAUGCACACGUGGAAAUGCA